UUUUAAAAAGUUAAAUUUAUUAAGAUAGAGGUUAGCGUAAUUAUAAGAAACACGUAAGUCUGGAGUAGCCUCCCCAUUUCCCCCAAAGGCAACAUCUUGGAAAAACUACUGCACAUCUCAACAGGAUACAGAUAUCCAUUAGGUCAAGAUACAUUAAGUAUCCCUCAAGUUCUUUCAUAGCCGCACAGACUCACCCCCCCCCCCAACUUUUAAUGCUUCCACGAUUUAUCCAGGACUUAAGGGCGCCUACACCGUACCAAAGACUGCCGAGUGCCGGCACAAGUGGAACCUCCAGAACUAGCUUCACAGUAGUCUGCUAAGACAGUAGAUCCUCAGGCUCCGCCCCUUCCGUCAUGGCCGACCAACAGCCGCUGGAGGGCCGAACCGUUUCCAACAGCAACUGAAUAGAACCGGAAGCGGGCGGCAGUCCACCCCUCCCAGGAGCCGCUGUCCAAGAUGGCGGACCUCCACCGCCAACUACAAGAGUAUCUGGCGCAGGGGAAAGCGGGUGGGCAGGCGGCUGCUGAGCCACUGCUAGCCACGGAAGAGAAGGAGGAGCCCGAGGCGGGGGCCGGAGCGACGGGGGCGUGGUUGGGCCGCGCAGGCCUGCGUUGGACUUGGGCGCAGAGCCCUGCGGAGCCGGCGGCGGCGGCAGCAGGACCGACGUGCUUGCCAAGCCUGACGCGCACUCAGCGGCUGGUGGCGAGCGGGGUGUGCCUGCUAAUGGCCGCGCUCUGCUUCGGCCUUGCUGCACUCUACGCGCCCGUGUUGCUGCUGCGCGCCCGCAAGUUCGCGCUGCUCUGGUCCCUGGGCUCGGUGCUGGCCCUAGCGGGCGGCAUGAUCCUGCGGGGCGGCGCUGCUUGCGAACGUUUGCUGCGCGGCGAGGAGGUGCCGUCGCGGCCGGCGCUGCUCUACGUGGCCGCGCUGGGAACUACGCUGUACGCGGCACUGGGUCUGCGCAGUACGUUGCUCACGGGGCUGGGCGCCUGCGCGCAGGUGGCCGCGCUGCUGGCUGGGCUCUGCGGACUGCUGCCCCGGGGCACAGGCACGGCGCUGCGCCUCACUCUUGGGCGCCUGGGCCCGGGCGCCGCCCUCGCCAAGGCGCUACCUGUGUGAGAGGCCUAGGGCCCGCGCCAUCGGAAAGGACGCAUCGUCUGCUCCGGGACUCGCUGUCGGGAGAUCACGCCAAGCCAGCCACCGGGGCCCAGCGCCUGCCGAGCCGAGGACUGCAACCUCCGGUUCCCAGACCGCGCGGAGCAAAUGCUCCUUGCCAGAGAAUCUGUAAACGCUGAGCGGCUGUUAAAAACUGAGACUUGAGCAGUUUCGGAAGAUCCUCGAUUUCAGCGUUUUGUGCUAUACUCGAUAGCACGUGCUGUGAAAACCAGAUUUUGUUCUUAAAUUGGCGAUACGCUGUGAAAUAUUUAAUGAGAAAUUGCUUUUAUGUUAACCGUGGUCUUAUAUUACACGCAGUAAAAAUUGCUCUUCAGUUUUAAUUAGUACUGCCCUUAGUACUUUUCUUAGACUUCUUAUUCGUUUUAUCGUUUAAAACAUCCAGUGUAGCAGUUUAGCUACAGUAAACUUGUUUUCUUUGGCUCUUGGAAAUUUUUUUCUUUAUUUUGCAUUAUGAGUGGAUCCGUGAGUUCAACGCUGACUUUGGCUACUGGGACAUUUUAAAAGUGCUUUAAUUAAGAUGAUUUAUCUCAGUUUUUUUUUUUUUCUUCAUUUGGUGAAAUGGUAAAUAUGGUGCUUUAUAAAAUUAAAGGAAAAUUGGUUCUGUAUUAGCUGAUGGACCAAGAAGCAUGGUUUCCAGUAAGGUGCAUGUAAAUGCUGAGAGGUCUAUGGUCAGAACUGAGCUGGGGACUCCUGGGAAACAAGAUUAAUUCUACGUCCAGAGUUUCUGUAUUUGACGGAAACCAUGGAUUUUUGCAAGGUGUAAUAUUUUCAUUCCUAAUUUUAUCUUUUUUUUUUUUUUUUUUUUUUUUUGUCUUUUUAGGGCCUCACCUCGGCAUAUGAAAGUUCGCAGGUUAGGGGUCGAGUUGGAGUUGCAGCUGCCAGCCUACACUGAAGCCACAGCAACAGGAUCCCAGCCAGUUGUCUGCCACGUACACCACUGCACCACAGCUCACAGCAACGCAGGAUCCUUAACCCACUGAGCAAAGCUAGGGGUGGAACCCACAUCCUCAUGGAAACUUUAGUGGGGAUUCCUCACAGCUGAGCCAAAAUGGAAACUGCCUGAUCUACUUUUUAACUAUAGUUUAUACUUUGUAAUCAUCUUAAUGCAGUGUAAGAUUCUUUGUAUAUCUAAUUGCCAAAUUUCCUUCAUUUUAGGUUUAGCAUGUUGGCCUAGAACCUUAUUGCUUACCUUAAUUUACUGCCAGAAAAUGUAGGUUCAGUAUUCUGGUGUGUCCAGAAAAUUACAUGUUUUGUCACUAGCUAUAUAUUAACUAAGAAGUAAACUGUAUUUAGAAUUUUUAAGAUUCUGUGCCAGUGGUUCUCAGUCCACAUGAGAAUUACUUGAAGAGCCAAAGCUCAGAUCACUUCAUUCAGAAUCUCUGGGGUGGGAGCUGCACAUCAGUAUUUUUCUUAGAACUCUCCAGAGCUGAUUCCUUUUUCAGCUAAAGUUGAGAAUCACUUUUUUUGUACGUUGAUUGCAUGAUUUGAUAUGUUUCCUGGGGCUGGAUUCCAGUGUUGCCUAAAGAGGUUGUCGGGCAGUGAUGGAUCAUUGCCUCUUCCUCCAGCUUCAAUUUAUAUUCAUAGGGCCUGAUCAGUGUCCUAAGCCCUGCUCCAAGAAAUGGACACUAAAGUGACCAACAUCCACACUGUAGACUUACCCCUACCCCCCAUAUUCUCUAAGAGUGCUGCCUUGUUCCCCUAUCAAUAAAUAGGAUCACCUACCUCAAGAGGAACCAGGAAAGUGUUUGUAAAAGCAAAUCCACUGUUUUCAGGGAGUAAUACGGUUUUUUUACUAUACCAUUGGCCACUCUUAGUUAAGUCUGUUCUAGUUCUAAAUUGAUCCAGAAUUUGGAUGGCUGAAGAUCUUACAGUGUUCAGCCCAUCUUCAUGUUGACGUUAUUUUUAAAAAAUUGUUUUCCCAGCAUUUUCUCAAGAAUUCACUGUUUGGGAGCCUAGCUUUUAUAAAAUUCAAAGCACAAUGUAUUGUAUGUAUUUUGACACUCAUGCUUUAAGUGCGUAUAUAUAUUACAGACACCAAGUGUUUAAUAAAUAUGAUGUUUAGUUUUUUCA